AUAUAAGCUGUGAAAUAACAAUGCAUACAAAAGAAGUACAAACCCUAUACUUUUUCAAACAAAAAGGCACCCAGGCUUAUAAAAAAGAAUCUUUAUUCGGUCCAUCAGAUUGGAUUGGAGAUAACUUCAGCAGCUUUCGUUGGAAAUUGCAUAAUAAAUUGGCUAUAGAAAGAUUAGUCGAUUUGGUGAAUGGAAGAAUAAGAACAAUAAGCAAGCAAAAACAAAAGCAAAGAGUCUGUUCUGCUAUGAUAAUAGAAUUUAUUGAAGCAAAACCUCUAACGGUAGAUAAUGCUUGGGUUUCAGGAUUCGGAGAUGGCCAUUUUAAGAUUAACCACAUAAAUUUCCAACGUAGUUUGGGUAUAGGUCAAAAAGAGAAAAAGAUACUGAAAAAUAUAGCCAGGGGUGGAUCUAUCUAUUAUGAUAAAAGCCGGGAUGGGUGGAUUUUGUGGUAUUCAGGUAUUACUCAGCUAAAGCUAAUGAUUUCUUAUUUAUACGUUUAUCCAUUACACAACCCUUAUAAGAUAGCUAAAUUGAAAGGGCCAGGGCACUGUCAGACAAAAAAAGGAUUUGAGCGUUAUUUAAGAUAUCUGGAGAGAGGUUAUUAUCUAGAUCCAGCUAAACAAAACAAAUUGUUUCAUUUUAUUAAAUUGUUUCAAUCUAUUGGAGAUGAAGAUAUAGUCCAUUAGCAUCCUGUGGUUUAUAUUCUAAU